AAUUGCUGAACUACAUUUCCCAGAACUCCUUGCGAUGACAGAAGAGCAUGCUAUCAGAGACUGGGGCAGCUAAAAAUUAAACUGCUGCAUUCAGAUGGACCACACGAGGUUAACAAUGACACCAGACCAGGCCGCUGGAUAGAAAAUGUCACAGUGUGGAAUGGAGCAAAGGCUGCUGACAAAACAAAUCCUCACAUGGUGAUUUAACUCGGCAGGAAAUAGAAACACUGCAUCACAAUGGUCGCUGAUGACACAGCAGGGAGUGGGGACAGAUCAGAGGGGGAAAAAGAGAUGGACUUGAAGGAAGAUGGAGACGUGGAGAUGGUCGUUCCUGCUUCCGAGGACCCGUCUCCCCCCGAGGGUCCCACAGAGGCAGCCAUAGAGCCAAGGAAGUGGAAAUGGGGCGUAAUAUUCCUGUGUUUCUUUGGGUUUAUGUCAUCGAUAAAGCCCGGGGAGCCUUUCAUUACACCAUAUCUACUCAGUACUGAGAAGAACUUCACAAGGCAAGAGGUGACCAAUGAGAUCACUCCUGUGCUGACGUACUCCUACAUGGUUGUGCUGGUACCGGCCUUCCUGCUGACCGACUUCCUGCGCUACAAGCCGCUCCUGAUCAUCCAGGGCAUCAGUCAGGUGGCCAUCUGGAUCCUCCUGCUGCUGGGCACUACCCUCCUACAGAUGCAGUUCAUGGAGUUCUUCUACGGCAUCACCAUGGCGUGCCGCGUGGCGUACUCCUCCUACAUCUUCUCCAUGGUCAGCCCCGCUCUCUACCAGCGAGUGGCGGGAUACUCGCGCUCCGCUGUCCUCCUGGGGGUGUUCACCAGCUCGGUGCUGGGACAGAUAUUCAUCUCUGUCGGCCGAGUCAGCUUCUACACCCUCAACGCCAUAUCUAUAGGCUUCGUCAGCUUUGGUCUGAUGCUGUCCAUGUUCCUCCCCUGGCCUAAACGCUCCCUGUUCUUCAACCGGACACAGAAUCAGGAGCAAAAGGAAGUGGCGGCAAAGUCAGAAGUGGCCCUCAUGAACCCGAAAGAGAAACCCAAGUCACGCUGGAGGGAUUCUGUGUUACCGCAGAUGCUGCUGGAGCUCAGAAAUGUUGUGAGGAAGCCCAACCUGAGGCUCUGGUCCCUGUGGUGGAUCUUCAACUCCACCGGGUACUACCUGGUCCUGUUCUACAUUCACAUCCUGUGGAACAAAGUCUACCCGGCCACGGAGAACAAGAACGUUUAUAACGGGGGAGUGGAGGCAGCUUCUACCCUGCUGAGUGCAAUCACCUCCUGCGCCGCCGGCUUUGUGACGAUCCGCUGGAACGUGUGGUCCGAGCUGGUGAUUGGCAUCAUCACAGCGCUGCAGGCGGCUCUGCUGCUCCUCAUGAGGACCACCGACAACAUCUGGAUCUGCUACGCCGCCUACGUCCUCUUCAGAGGCUUCUACCAGUGCCUUGUGCCCAUUGCCACGUUCCAGAUAGCCUCGUCUCUCAACAAGGAGCUGUGUGCCUUAGUGUUUGGCAUCAACACGUUUUUUGGGACCAUACUGAAGAGCAUCAUCAUCCUCAUAUUUGCUGACAAGAGAGGCCUGGGGCUGGAGGUUCACUCUCAGUUCCUGGUGUACUUCGUUUACUUCACCAUCCUCACCGUGGUCUAUCUGGUCUGCGCCGCUGUGGUCAUCAUCCGUCACUAUAGAAACGAGGCCAGGGAAGGGGGCGGGGCCGACAAACAGGCCACGCCCACAGAGCUCAGCCCGGUGACUGCGGACUCAGAGGUAGAACCUUUAUCUAACGGCAACAGUGCCAAAGCUUAACGACAGGAAGUGUUUUCGACGAAUAUCUGACGUACAUGAGUUUUUACUGGGUCUGAUGUCCACAGAGGAGACUAAAGUGAGUCUUAAUCAUUAAGUGCCUUCAUGAAACUUUUUGUAACUGAAAAGAGUACAUUUUACUUGUUUUAUUACUUUAUACCAAGACAAAUCAUCUUAAGCACAGGGCGUUUUAUUUCGUUUUUUUUUUUUACAGGAUGCUGAUCUGUACUGUUUCACUGAUCUAAAACGCUGCGCCAUGAUUACUAUGUGAUCACUCUAAAACAGCUUUUCAUUCACACUCCUAUCCUACCUAAUGUUACAAAUAAUAAUAAGUGCCAUUUUGAAUAAUUUUUUGAUAUUUUUUAGUAAGAUACAGUUUACCUUUCUGUAUUAAAAAAAAUCCCAUUUUACAUAAUUUUCGUAUAAUCAGAUUAAUUUAAGAUGCAGAUUUUAUGUAGCAUGUUAUAUAGUGUGAUUUAUUUGUAUUGAAUAUUUCGGACAAUAGGAAAACGUAGCAGCAGUCAGUAGUUUUGCUGCUUAUUGGCUCAUUUUUGGUCCAAGUCCAACUGUUUUCUUUAAUAAAAACCUGCAGGAAAAAGAACAGAGAACAUAGGAACACAUGAAACUAUUAUUGAUGAAACAGGAACCACAGACAUUCAAUAAUUUUAUAAAAAUGCUGAUUUUUGUCCCUUAUUUUAACACAAGGAAUUUUGUUUUGACUUGCAUACAGAAUGUAUUAUAAUUAUUGAUUGAAAUCAUUGUUGAAAUAUAAUGUGACUGUGAAUCUGUCCGACUGCUGUAAAGGAAAAACACUGACUUUAAUCAAAUGUUUAUUUCUUCUUCUUUUUUUUGUCACAAAUAAAAUAACCUUUGGUGGAAAAAAAAGACUUUAA